GGAACGCAUCUGGAAACAAAAUUUGAAUUGAGGGCUCGUUAUCGUCACUAGUCACUCCCCCAUUUUCACUCCUCGCUCUCUCUCUGCAACUGCAACCCCAACCCCAUCCACACCAUAACCCUCUAAAGCAUCUUCCUAACUACCCAGGUUACAGUUGCUCCGUCGAAUCCCCACUCGUUUGCAACUCUCUCUCUCUCUCUGUGGUUUUUCCUCAUUUAGGGUUUUACUUGAACCGUUGCUUGGUUUCUUCAAAAAACAGUCCCCUCCAUUGUCUCUCUUUCUAGAGAGAGAUUUAUAUAGUGUGAUCUGAAUCGAAGGCCAUGGAGGCGAUACUCAUGGACUGUGUACAGAACAGUCUGCGUCACUUGAUGUAUCGAAACGCCAUUUUCAUGUGCGAGCGCCUCUGCGCUGAGUUCCCCUCCGAGACAAAUUUGCAAUUAUUAGCUGGCUGUUACUUGCACAAUGAUCAAGCUUACUCUGCGUACCAUAUUUUAAAGGGAACACAAAUGGCUCAAUCCCGUUACUUGUUUGCAAUAUCAUGCUUUGAGAUGGAUCUUCUUAAUGAAGCUGAAGCAGCAUUGUGUCCUGCUAAUGAGCCUGUUGCAGAGGUUCCAAAUGGUGCAGCUGGUCAUUACCUUCUUGGUCUUAUUUACAGGUACACUGAUAGAAGGAAAAGUGCUAUUCAUCAUUUUAAGCAGGCAUUGUCAAUAGAUCCGUUAUUGUGGGCUGCAUAUGAGGAGCUGUGUGUAUUAGGUGCUGCCGAAGAAGCCACUUCAGUUUUUGGUGAAGUUGCUGCUCUUUGCAUUCAGAAGCAGCACCUAAAUCAUGGAUUGGCUUACCAAAACUCGCAGGCAUCGAGUGAUGAUAGAAACUUUGACUCAGAAGAUAUCGGUCCAAGGGGUAUGAGACAUAUGAAUGCCAAUAACACAAGAGAUGUCCCUGGAAAUUAUCAUGGAGCAGUUAUGACUGGAGGAGCUGCUAGUCAACCUCUAAACGGUGGUCCUGCUAGUACAUCAUUCUAUAAUACCCCUUCACCCAUGGCUGCACAGCUGUCAGGUGUUGCUCCACCUCCUUUAUGCAAAAAUGUGCAGCAUAAUGGCCCAAACCCAAAUUCAGUUAGUAUGGAUGGCUCACCAAGGUCAACUGUGAACUCCACAAUUCAAGCCCCUCGAAGAAAAUUUGUGGAUGAAGGAAAAUUGAGGAAGAUAUCAGGGAGGUUAUUUUCUGAUUCUGGACCUCGACGAAGUACAAGACUUGCUGGAGAAGCAGCAGCGAGCACAAAUUCAAGUUCCACGACUGUAGCUGGAAAUGGAACUAGCCACUCUUCUAAAUAUCUUGGUGGUUCUAAGUUGAGUUCUGUGACUUUUCGUUCGGUGACAGUUCGCAAGGGACAGUCAUGGGCCAAUGAAAGUUUUGAUGAAGGGACGCGCCAUGAAGUUCGUGAUGAUCCUCGUUCAAAUACAACCACCUCAAGCUCUUCUCCUGGUGAUAUUAGAUCUCUUGAACAAGAAGGAGCAACAAUGCCUAUGGGUGGGGUUGUUAUGAGUAGCUCAAGAGUCAUAACCGGUGCUUCAGAAAUUUUGGCUCUCUUAAGAACUCUCGGGGAAGGCUAUAGACUUUCCUGCUUGUACAGGUGCCAGGAUGCACUGGAUGCAUAUCUGAAACUUCCGCACAAACACUAUAAUACGGGUUGGGUGCUUUCCCAGGUGGGGAAAGCGUAUUUUGAAUUGGUUGAUUAUCUAGAAGCCGAUCGUGCCUUUAGUCUUGCCCGGCUGGCAUCUCCUUAUAGUUUAGAAGGAAUGGAUAUAUAUUCUACUGUUCUAUAUCAUUUGAAGGAGGAUAUGAAGUUAAGUUAUGUGGCUCAGGAGCUGAUAUCAACUGACCGCUUAGCUCCUCAAUCUUGGUGUGCUAUGGGAAAUUGCUAUAGUUUGCAGAAGGACCAUGAAACUGCUCUUAAAAAUUUCCAACGAGCUGUGCAACUGAAUUCAAGAUUUGCAUAUGCGCACACCCUUUGUGGUCAUGAAUACGUGGCAUUAGAAGAUUUUGAGAAUGGAAUUAAGAACUACCAGAGUGCCCUUCGGAUUGAUGCAAGACAUUAUAAUGCUUGGUAUGGUCUUGGAAUGAUUUACCUGCGCCAAGAGAAGUUUGAGUUCUCAGAGCAUCAUUUCCGAAUGGCUUUUGAAAUUAAUCCACGUUCUUCUGUUAUAAUGUCAUAUCUAGGAACAGCUUUCCAUGCCUUAAAGAGAAGCGAUGAAGCUUUGGAGAUGAUGGAGAAGGCCAUUUUAGCAGAUAAGAAGAAUCCUCUACCCAUGUAUCAGAAGGCUAAUAUACUUGUGAACAUGGAAAAUUUUGAUGAAGCUUUAAAAGUCCUAGAAGAGCUUAAAGAAUAUGCCCCUCAUGAAAGCAGCGUGUAUGCCUUGAUGGGUAAGAUUUAUAAAAGGAGUAAUAUGUACGACAAGGCGAUGCUUCACUUUGGAUUAGCUCUGGAUUUGAAACCACCUGCAACAGAUGUUGCUACCAUUAAGGCUGCGAUUGAGAAGUUGCAUGUACCAGAUGAAUUAGAAGAUACCUUGUAAAUCAGUUUAUGGUUAGGGUACAGAAGCAGAGAGAGCAUGUUGUACAUUAUCCGGCUACAAGCACUGAGUCCUGCUUGUGCCAUUGGAAUGAAAUGACCUGAUGAUCCUCAAGGCUUGCUUAUUCAUUCCUAUGAGCGUCCUGUCUGUGCUGUGAGCAGAAUUGUAACUGAAGUUUUGUAGGUAUUUUACAUACAAGCAAAGGUUCAAAAUAUGAAUGUAACUGAAAGCUGCACAAAUGUAUUACACUUUCUAAUGAUUCUGAAAAAUGACUUGUACUAGUGGUCUGCAGUUUGAUUUAUUAUUAUUAUUCAUUUAAUUUUGAAAAUAAUUGCAGUGUUGCAGGGCCUGUAGAUUGAUACUGUCUUGUAAUUUUAAUUUUUUAUUUUAAUUCUUGUAUGUGUUUCUUA